GUUGUUUGAGUCAUGGAGUUGCCUCUUGGAAGAGGACAGUCCUUAGGAGCUAAUCCAUCAAUGUCUGACUUCAGCCUGACAUGGAUGCCUUCAACUUCUGGCCAGAGCUCCACCACAAACAGGUUAUGUUGACUCAGAUUAGGGUUGUCAUCCCUGUAUCCAGCUGGUUGCUGGAUUUUUUUUGUGGCCUUUAUGGUUUCCUAUUGCAUCUGGCACAGCUGGCAGGACCCUCAUUCUCACACCAAGGCUUGUCUGUGUCCAGUGUCGAGUUUAUUUUGGCUUGAAAAAAAGAUAGAAGCUGCCAGGGCUUCUUGUUUUGGCAGCAGCAGGGCUGGGUUUGUUUUUAGGCUGGAGUGGAGAGAGAGAACUUGCCAGGAAAGAUAGCAACGCACUGCACUUAUGAUCUGACAGCAUUUUACACAAGGUCACUGGAUUGUAUACAUUUGAUGGAUGUUUUGCAUUUUGGCACUGGUUGUACUUUGUUGCUUAAUAUAUUGUGCUUUAGUGCCUGGAAGACCAGUCAGCACUGCUGCAAGUAGGCCUACCAGUCUGGGCCCAAAGCUGCUCCACCACCAGGAUCCCUGCAGUGCCUCCCUGUGGUAACACAUGGAAACUGUAGGGGCUCUUGGAGCAGCAUUGGGUCUCACAGGCGUGUUGAGGCCCACAGCGUCACAAGUCAGAGAGUCAGAGCUCCCGCAGUACAUCAGGACAAGAUGGAGAGCAUGUGGCGUUACAGUCAACAAAGUCUACUGGCCGACAAGAAGGAUUUGUCGAUUGAGGAGGAGAGAAACCUAAACUACAAUCCUCCAGCACAGAAGUCUUUGGAGGAAAUUCAGGAACUGGACAAAGAUGACGAGAGUCUGGUGAAGUACAAGCAGACCCUGCUGGGGAUGGGACCAAUUACAGCAGACCUCUCUGUGCCUAACGUCCAGGUAACCAGGCUGACCCUGCUUUGUGACGAGGCUCCUGGACCAAUCACUGUGGACCUGACGGGAGACCUCCAAGCUCUGAAGGAGAAGCCUGUUGUCUUAAAGGAAGGAGCAGCAUUCAGACUAAAGAUACACUUCAAGGUGACCAGAGAAAUCGUUGCUGGCUUGAAAUACUUUCAUACCAUUGAAAGACGUGGACUAAAGGUGGACAAAGUGUCGCACAUGGUGGGAAGUUAUGGCCCGAAGGCAGAGGAGCAUGAGUUCAUAAGCCCGCCUGAUUUGGCGCCCAAUGGUAUGAUGUCACGCGGCCAAUUUGAGAUCCAUUCCCACUUCAGCGACGAUGACAAGAACGUCUAUUUGGCCUGGGAGUGGACCCUCGAUGUCAAAAAGGACUGGAAUUAAUAGAGAGCGAGAGAGAGAGAGAUGCUAUGCUUCCCUUUUUCCACCCCACCUCCUUUUUCACUCCUUCACCUCCCUCUUUUCCUUUCCCUCUUUUAGUAGUCUACAAUGAUCCAAAACAGGAGGCUCUACUCCUCUUCCUACUCUUCUUCCUCCUAAUUUUCUUCUUCUACCUUUAUUUUCUUUGUUUGUUUGAUGCAGGUCUCCUGAUACCCUCGAGCAACAGGGCUUGGACAGGGACCCCCCCUCUCUUUUUUUGUGAGGCUUUUGGGAUGGAAGUCCUUUGCUGUACUUUCUCCCAUUCUUCCUCCUCACCGUGUCAUGUAUUCCUGCCUUCUAAAGCAGCAGUGGAGGGUCUGCAAAAGCAGUCAAAAACUAAGUCAGUUUGAGGCACAGGAGGAAAUUCAACAUAUACAACACAUAAUUACAGAGAUUUAAUUCUGUCAAACAGACUUUUUCCAAAGAGAAGAGAUUAAAUAUGUAAAUAGAGAGUGAAUUUGGUUAUGUCGCACCAUUUCUUAAAACGUUUAACAGAGAGUUAAAAGAGGAAGCACAGAGAGGAGCGACAUGAGGCAAAGACACAGUACAGUGUGAGAUGAAAGGGACAGGUACAUGCAGGUACAAGUUACUUAUUGUACUUUGGCCCUGACUUUGCCCGCUCAACAACGAGGCCAACAUUCUGAGAUGCAGCCGAGGCCCAAAGUGAAAGUUUCAACUGUUUUCAUGCUCAUAAAAGUGGAAACAAAACGUUUAGAAGAGACUGAAAUGUCUCUCAAACUGAUGCACAAACGGAAACAAACAGAAAUGCCACAAUAACAUCACAUUCUCGACAUUUUCCCGCCCUCUUAGGUUUGAUUGCCACUCAUUUUUAUUUGUCAUCUUGUUGCAUCGGUUUUUAUUUUUCUGCUGUGGUUUAAUUGCACCUGACUGGAUAAUUAGCGCCACCUACUGCUUGUCUCAAUGAGUUAAUAUUUACAUGAAGAUAGAUGAUGGAAAUUUUGUGGCACACAGCUCAUUAAAGUAUCGUAGAAAUGAUGGUAUUUUAAAACUCUGAAUCACCUGAUUGCAAGAUUUGCGUAAAAAUCCAGACUCAUCUUAAUCAUAACUCAGUCACAUCCAAGGAUAUCAUUACCUCUUAACCUGAACAACCGUGCACUUAAAGAUCUUGGGAAAAAAAUCAUCCUUAUAAUUUCAGAACUUCCCUGAGAAUUAGACAAACCUGCUAACAGCUAACUGCUAAUUCAGUGCAAAUUUGAUCAAAUGUAAACAAAUAUUCCCAGGACAAGUUGGAGUCCAAGGCAUUAUGGGAACUGUAAGGUAAUGUUUUCUCCUGCUAGUACCAUAAUAUUAAUUAUUCUUUAUCAUGAUUUUAACUUUUUCCCUAAAUUUCUUUGUUUUCAUGAUACUGCCUUUUAAUUGCAGUAAGCAAAUCAAACACUAAUACUUUUUAAAAUUACCCAAGUGCAAGAAAAAACCCCACAACAACUUAACAAUAACAGUAUUCAGUAACAUUUCGCAUCAUCAACUCUACACAAAAUAAAAUCGUAUUUUAGAACAGUCAUCCAAAUAUUGUCUCAUCAAACCAUUAAUGAAGUAGAAUGAAGAAAUUAAUCACCUCUUCUCACUUUCACAAGAUCUUUGACUUGUGUUUCAUUAAAUUUAGAAAUGGUGUGUUUUAACAUUGCAGUUUGCUUUCAAAGCACCACCUUCCUCAAGUCUUUAUGAAGCUUUUUGAAAGAGCACGCCAAUUAAAGACUGUAACUGAACUGUGCAUAUUGUAGAAAGAGAUGCAUGUAUGUCCUUUAGGAUUUGAUACUACUUGCUGAGUACAAGAAAAUGAACAAACUUAGCCCUUUCUAAACCUCUCUUGUAUACCAGGGACACAAAGAUGUGAACGAAACUCUGCUAUGAACGUUGAUGAAACAUCGUCAGAUGGUAGCUGAACGAUGGUGAACCGUCUGAAACGUAUAUCAAGGGAUGAAUUAAUUCUCUUUAAAAAAAAAAAAAAAAGAUAAGAAACAGCAUUAUUGUGUUAAGUCUUUGGAUAUGAUAUUGUCAUUGUUGCUGAACAUACUGAACAUUGAAAUACCAUUUGAAAUCGUCGUGAUCUAAGACUAAUUGUAAAUGUUGGCUUGUUGGGUGUUGCAUGGUUUAGCAAGAUUUUCUCUUCCUUUUUUACGACUUUAUUGUAAAAUUUAAUGUGAUUUUAAGAAAAAAAAAAAAAAAAGAUACUGACGCAAUAUCCAGAUGUCAAUGGUUGCCAUAUACUGCAGAUACAGUAUU